AUGUCGCUGUUUGAUGACGACAGCCUGAGCUCUUUGUCCUCAUCUUCUGGUGGCGAUGAUUGUGGCGGAAGCACACAUGCUUGUUCUUCAGCCGCGCGUGGUACGGGAGGGGCGAAGGGUGUGGUGGACUUAAUGAGCGCGACUGGUAGCGGCUGUGUUUCGCGGUUUACGCUCACCGUGGAGGAAAGCAAGAGGGCCGAAGAGUGGCGUCGUAGUGAGGCGGCGAGUCGAUCGCAGCUUCACGGCUCGUCGGGUGCUCGGGCGGGUGGGGAGGGGAGCCGUUUUCACGCGUCCAUGGCGGAGGCGCUGCAGCUGCGGCGGGACGCGCGAGAGGCCUUGCUGUUGCGGCGGGUUCAGAAGCAGCGGCAGGAGGAGGCCGGCAACGUAGAGCUGGUGGAGAAGGACCUUGAGGUUGGCGUCUUUGUCACCCCGCAGUACCUGGCGGCGUUAAGGCGGCAGAGGAAUUUUCUUGUGGCCUCAUCCGCUGGGAGUGCGGGCAGUGCCGCGGCGGGGGACGAGGAUGGGAUGGAUCCCGUGGAGGCUUACGUGCGCCGACUCGAGGGGGAGCGGGCGGCCGCGGCGUCGCAGUCGUCCUCAGCGUUGCCGGGGGCCGGCUCUUUUGCCGCCGGCGGCUCCAUUGACGGAGGGGUGGAGGUGACGACGCACUCUGCGCGGGCUCGCUCGCAAACCAACGCUGGCCCCGACGUGCUGUCAGUGGAGGAGGGUUGUGCGUCGACGACGCAAGACGUGUUGCCUUCACCGACGAGACGGCCUGCGACCGCCGCACCGUCGCCUGAUGAGGGUAACGUUGCUGAGGGCGGCGACGUCAAUUUCAGACGGUCUUUGCCGUCUGCCUCUGCGCCGCGUGAGACGGUGUGUCCUGAGGAUGUUCUCCGCGAAGCAAGGGAGAGCCGCAAGCGUCAUCGCGCCGACCGCUACUUCAUGGCGGCCGCAGCUGAGAGGUUUAAUGCGCGGGCUCUAGAAGGCGUUGGCUCGGGGUGA